CUAAGUUUUCUGGCGGAAGAAUUUCUAUGUGAAACAGUCCGAAAGACCCGAUAGUCUGUUGUAAUUGGAUGUAACGGUAGGUGACAUUAAAGGGACAAGUUUAUGACAGGGGUAUAUCCUCCCCCAUUCAAAUGAUGUCAACAACUGCCGUUGCACUCCUCAUUCGUCAAAAGAUCAACUGAAGAUCCCUUGGGACCUCGUAUUCACAUUUAUAUAAGUCCUUAUCCUAAUCACUUCUUUCCAUCUACCAUUCUCACUCCAACCAUCCAAUCCAUCAGAACAUCCAACGUCUAACAUCCAAACACCAAACAUCAAUCAAAAUGCAGUUCAAGACUCUCUUCGCCGCCUCCCUCCUCGGCCUCGCUGCCGCCGCCCCUGCAGAGGAGUGCAGCAGCACCAAGACCAGCCCCGCCAAGUCCGGCAACUCUCCCGUCCCCAAGACCUUCGGCCUCGUCGCUCUGCGCUCCGCCAGCCCCAUCCACUUCACACACUUCAGCGCCACUGAGAACGGCUUCUUGCUUGGUCUUCCAGCGGAUAAGCAGAACGCUACCUGCUCCGGCAAGUCUGAUGGAUCAGCUGUCUUCCGUCUGAGCGAGGGUGAGCUGUACUUGUACAACACCGGCAAGAAGCAGCAGCGCGCUUACACUGAUCGCUCUGGAAUGGGCCAAGGUGUUCUUCAGUACGCUACUGUUAGCAAGAACCCUCUGCCCGAUUCGUUCGAGACAAAGGGCUGGAAGAUCGACAAGUCUGGAAACCUCAACUUUGACAAUGCUAGCGGCUUCACUGCCUGCCGUGACGGCCCUGAUGGUUCUUGGACUGUUUGGAUUGCUACUGGAGCCACUCACCCUGGAAACACUGACGCCGAGUGUCUUGGCUUCAACGCCCGUGUUGCCGAGAUUGAGCACCCUACUAGCUGCUUUUACUCCGAGUACUCUUCUUAAACCGAAGCUUGGAUGAUCAUAUGUAUAUAGAUUUAGCGUGUAUGCCUUUCUUGUAAACUGAGGUUAUAUUCAUCACUUAUCGUAUAACUGCGUUGAUCAUUGAUGUAAAUGCCGAAAUCCUUUUGUCUUCACAACUACUUAUCACAAAUAUCUUGAGGGACAGCUAGUAAUUUAAUGAUGAUCUGAUGUAACAAUGUCGCCUGUGGCAAAGGGACCUAACAUGCAUUUUUAUGUCUUUUACUUUCUAAACUCAUACCACUAUCUUUUCGGUAACUGUUCUGGGCGCCAAGCUGAGCUGAAAUGCAGUAUCCCUCCAGCACUACAAUCAAUGCUCUGCCGUCUGUGAUGGCCUCGAAGCUCAUUGCUGCUGCUGCUGCUGCUGUGACUGU